CCCCUCCAUUCACUGGGCUUCGUUAGGCCGCUGUCGGGCAGUGGAAUUUUGUUGGAGUAUAUGGUAUUGGCGGUUCCCCCAUUCACGCGGCAGCAAAUCCCAAUGCCUCCUCCCGUCGUGCGGCGCCGCGGGCCUGCCACUCCGGCGCCGGAUCCUUCUCCGGCGGGUCGUCGUCCUCCUCCGGCGCGUCGACGGAAGAUUAUACCCGGUACUUUUGGGGAGCUAGCCGCAAGUAUAGGCGAUGACUUUGCGAACAACAAUGGGGUGCUCUUGGUGCUGCUAGAGACGCCAUCCGGCUUUGCGGUUUUCAAUUUCUGUGGGAUUUACCUCUACUUACCAGAUGCAAUGCAGAGUAUGUGGGUAAAAUUUGCUAACUAUUAUAGGGCAAGGCGGGUUGUUUGGCUGAAGGAAUUUCAAACUUUUGAUGACAAGUCCAGCGCCAUUAAUGUUGAUACUGGUGUUAACAAACAACUCACUGAAAUGAUCUUGAAGUGGCGCCGUCCUGGGCAGGAACUACUUGUUGGAAAACCGGAAUAUAAAUCAAUAAUUGAAUUAAGCUUGGGAAUACCCUGCCGGCAUGAUGAACUUGUGAUGGAGGUAAUGUGGGGCAUGAAGCGUUUCAUGCCUAGUUUGGUGCGCAGAGAAAAAUCAGAGCUUCCUAAAGAAGAUCUGCUCCCAGUGAGUCAAGGACUACAAAUGCUAUUGAGUAGUUACGGCUUCGAUGUCAAACCAGAGAUGGUCAACGACAAGAUUGUUGUGACUGCAUCCGUCUUGUUUGAUUGUGAUGCUGCUGAGAAGGAACAGUACAGAGCCUUCCAUGCUCUUGGUCGCCACCUUAAGAAUGUGUCUGGCAUAGAGUAUGAGAACUGGGACCUUCUGAAACUCGCGACGGCUUUUAAGAUCAUAUGCAGCCGUGAAAUUGGUGAUUCGGAUGAGAUGCUUUCAGAAGACGUGCAAGCAAAGUUGCUGAAUGAUGCGGAUAAAUACGAAAAGAAGAUAAAUAAGCUAGCCUGCAUGUUGAAUCACAGUGAAUUAGUGUCUAACUAUCAAAUCAAGACUCGCCACAAAGAUAUGUUGGCUGGCUUGGUAAAGAAAGCUAAAGAAGCGCGCGUCCGGUGUCCCAUGAGAAGAAGUAAGAAGGUAAAUAAAGCCUAUGGUCAAUGAGGGAUGUCUGUAUAAUUCAUAGAGGCGUAGACAUGCAUCAAUUAGAACGGUAGUAAAGCAGUUCAUAGAAAUUUGAUGAUCUUGCUUCCUCAAUGUAAAGAUUUUUUUUAAGAAAAUCAUACUGUAUAUUUUAAGGUCUUACGAAAUUGCUGAGUUAGUUUGCAAGUUGGGAAAACAGCUAGUACUAAGCAGUUGAUAGAUGAUGACUGCUUUUA